AUGAAUCCCCAGCACACUCAUCGAGAGAGUGACGUGUACUGGCAGUACGACCACCUUCUGAACAUAGGAAGCAAAACGCCUGAACAGGUCAUAAAACUGUUGAUCGGCAUAAGCAGGCAACGGAGGUGUGACCCCGAAGUGGUGAAGACGAUUACCGACCAUGUGUACGAUUUCUGUGAAGACUUCUUCCCCCCUCAGCUGAUUCAGAUAUUAGAAAUUUACGCCAAGUUAAAAUACUCAAAUGAGACCCUACUUGGAGUUGUCUCCAACAGAGUGAGCGACCUACUUAACAUUCGCUCUUGUCGAAGGGUAAAAAUAAUGACCAACGUUUAUAAGCAAUUAAAUCUCCACCAUCCAGUCGUGAAAUCACCACUUCUGUCGCAGCUGAAUAGCAACAUAAAUGAUUACAAAAAUGAGUUAGUCUCGAUAGUUAAAAAUGUGUCUUACCUGUACGUGGAUGCAGAUACCUCUGCCAAUAUUAUGAACAGAAUUGUAACCAACUACGAUUAUUACGAUAAGGAUGGUUUCACAGUGCUUGAGGCAUGUAGCAGAUUGGAUACCUCCCAUGAGGUACUCAUCGAUCUGGUGAACAGGAAGGUCAAGCAAUUGCAUAGCAGUAGCAACAAUUGCAGCUUCAAAGAUUUCGUAAAAUUUCUAAGUGCAUAUAAAAGGUUAGGGUUAGAAGAAAACACAUAUAUACAUUCCCAGUUUGAGAAAAAAAUGAAUAAGAUCAAGUUAUUGCCUCCAGAGAAUAUCUCCUAUGUGCUUCUCCUACUCUUGUCGUCGAAGUUGAGACAUGAAGGAUUAUUCGACUUGGUCAUCAUUAACAUGGAGAAUUUUGUGAAUAACAAAAAUGAGCAGUUAUCUUUGGAAGGGAAAAAUUUGUAUGUCGCGGGGCAGGGGGAGAACUGCGAUGGGGUAGUUAAGCAGCAGGAGGAACAGUUUGCACCUGCGGCAGAAAACCACGUUAGGGAGAACUCCAACAACAAGCGCCCCCCCCUGAACAUUUACAAUCCGUACAUUCUCCACUUCUUGCCCUUCCACCUGCUGCUACUCACGCUGCUAAAUUACGGGGAGAAAAGUACACUCAAGCAUCUCCUCAGCGUGUGCGUUUUGGAUUAUCUACAUCUGUACGAUACGUCGUCCUUAAUUAAGCUUCUCUAUGUGUGCACACUGCUGACCAUGGAGGGGGAACAGACAGGUAGAAGCGGGCACUCCCCAGAACUGGAACAAAUUGCACAGGAAAUCUUUUUGGCCCUUCAGUAUGUGUAUAAAAACGCGACCAUCAACGAGAUGAAAAUCUUAUACGACUGUUUUUUAUAUCACCAAGAGGCGAUUGAAAAGAAUCCCAAACUGCUGAAAUUACACAAUGACCUGUUGCACAGUGAAUGCCUGUCCCUUUUGCCAUCCUCCUAUGACAACUUAAGUUUUGAAAAAUUAAAAAUCAUCAGGUGUGCUAGUUCGUCCUACUUGCAGGGGAAGAGUAACAAUACGAUUUAUUUUUACCUGAAUCGGAAUGAUUUUUUUGCAUCCGAUGUAGGCCGCUACGAGGACUUGCUGCUCAGCGUGAAGUUGCGCGCGAACAUUCUGCACAGGCGCUACGGGGGGACCCACGCUGUGCAGAUGGUCUACCCUGGAGGCGAGGCUGUCAGUGGACUCACAUCCCAUGGGUAG